UUUGCUAACUUCUCCCUUUCGUUUCACUUUACAAAGCUUUCUCUUCCAGCCAUGGCUUCCCCUUCUCUGAUCCUCCAUCCUCAAAAUUCAACCCCAAUCCCAACAAUUCCUCAAAUGAUCGAAACCCUUUCAGAUUUAUACAAAAAACUCUCCACAGCCCUCCAAAAACAUUCCACCCAGGCCGAACCCAACAAACAAACACAACAAAUACCGGAAAUUAGUGGCAGCAUCGACGCCAAUAAAGACCCCAAAGUUGUGAAAUUGCAGAGCAAUAUCAUGCUUUUGAUGGAGGCAUUGGAGAUGAUGAUCAAUAAUCGCGACAAGAAGCUCAAUGUGCCGAUACGGAGCAUAGAAACCAAUCUUGAUAUAGUUAUCAAAAGGGUCAAUGAUGCCCCUCCUGGUUCUCCACUGACCCAGAAAAUCGGAGAGGACUAUCUCGACGCCGUUAUCAAGGAUAUAAGAAUGUUGAAGUUCCGCAUUCCUUCGUACCGCAAGUUGUCUUUGGCCAAAACCGUCGCCCAUUCGGGUGGCAGGGGAAGUCAUGCACUGACGCCGAUUGAGUUUGUGUUGCCUAAUUUGCAUGGCGAUAAGGUUUUUGACGAAAGUUCUGCUUUCAAAGAAGUUCAGAAAAUUUACUAUGAGUUUAGUGAUGAUAUUUUUAGGAAAUGUUUUUUGUACUUUGCUGUGUUUCCUGAAAAUGUAGUGUUAAAGAAGCGGUCUCUCACCUAUUGGUGGAUUGGAGAAGGCAUAUUAGACGUUUCAGGUACUGGAGAUUCAAAUCCAGAGGAUAAGGCUGGUGAGAUUCUUCUGAAAUUUGUAGAGAAGGGUUUGAUCGUGCCAGUGAAGGAAGAACAGAAGAAGGUCAAAAAGAAAUUUAGAAUGCCCCCACUUGUGCGUUCUGCUUCCAUUAAACUGGCGAUUGAAAAUAAGUUUUUGAAUUUUGAUGAUUGGGGUAACCCAACUUAUAGAUCAUUCGGCUGUGACAAGAUUUUACUGGUGAAGGGAGGAGGCUUUCAUCCCCCGGAAGCACCGACGAAGUAUCAGAAUUUGGAAAAAGAUUUGGUAACAAUCUUCAAUGUUAGCCAGCCUUUCCCUGAUUCUGCAUUGGAGUGGUUGGCUAAGAAGGGGGAUGUAGACAUGAGAACUACCAAAGUCGUGGAAUGGUUGCUAAAGCUGGAUCACCUUAAAGUUCUUUACUUGGGGAGGUGGCAAAGUGAAGUUGAUGAUGAGGAGCAUGUGAUUGAAGUUUUAAGCCUUGAGUUUUUAGAAGGUUUGAAGAAAAUGAAAACACUUAGGCUUUUGAGCCUUCAGGGGAUCUUUUGGAUCAAUGAGCUUCCAAAUUCCAUAAAUAUGCUCUGUGAUCUCAGGGUUUUAGACUUGAAAUGUUGCUACAAUUUGGAGAAACUGCCUGGCGGUAUAGGAUCUCUCAAGAGCCUCACACAUUUAGAUGUCACUGGCUGUUAUAUGCUCAAUGGAAUGCCAAAGAGCAUAUCUAGACUCACUCAACUUAGAGUCUUGAAGGGGUUUGUUACAGGGAAGUCAAGUCUUAAUGAUCUAAAAGGCUUAAAGAAAUUGAGAAAGUUGAGCAUCAACACAAACAGCCCAGGUUUUCCGGAUGCCAAAGAUCUACGUGUUCUUCGAGAACUUGGGGAGCACGGUGAACUUCGAAAUCUCUCAAUUAUGUGGGCGGCUGAAGGGUUGAAGUUCGAUCAACCACCUUCCAAGACAGAAAAAGGAACGUUUAUACGAGAACUCGCCAAACAAAUUAGCAAACUAACCGCACAACCUAACGAUGAAACCUCAGAAUUGCCAAAGAACUUAGAGAAGCUGGAACUCGAAUGUCUACGGGAGAAAAAUCUACCCAACUGGCUAAAUCCUGAUAACUUGACAAGCUUGAAGAAACUCUACAUUAGAGGGGGGAGCCUAGAAACGCUCGGGAACAAAAAGUGGGAGGCGGCCGAGGUUGUUCGACUCAAAUACAUCACAAAAUUAAAGAUAAAAUGGAGAGAACUUCAAAACAAUUUUCCAAAGCUAAGUUACUUGCAGAAAGUAAAAUGUCCAAGCGUUACUCUCUUCCCCUGUGAUGCCAAUGGAGUUUGGAUAAAGCCAUAAUGACAGUAGCGAUCAAAACAAUGGUGGCAUUGACAAGCAGCAACCUAGAAGUGUAGCUGCUUAUGAUGAUACUCUUGGCUCUCUUAUUAUAGAAGUUGUAUCUUCAUCUUUUCCUUUUGAAUCUAUAUUCAUUUUAGUAUGUUGUUUCUCUGUUUAAGUUUCAUCUUGUUGCAACAUGUAUAGUAAUAUUUGAAUUUUUAUUCA